AUGGAAUCCCUUCAAGGCCACCGCAACGUGCUCCCCCUCCUCGGUUUGUACGAAGAUGAGAAAUCCGUCUACAUUCUGACGGAAUUGUGCGACGGCGGCGACAUUUUCAGCCUGAUCGUGCAGACCGGCGGCAUUCCCGAACGAGCGGCUGCGAUGAUCUUCGCGCAGGUCGCGGACGCCGUGAGAUGGUGCCACGCGCACAGAAUCGCGCACCGCGACAUCAAACCGGAGAACGUUCUUAUCACCACCAUCGCCGCCGCCGGUGCCCCAGACUCGCCCGACGCAGGGGCUCGGCUAGAAGCGCGCCUCGCGGAUUUCGGCCUCGCGAUGGAGAUCCCGAGGGGCUUCUCACUGCGCGGCGCCGUCGGCAGCGCGCCGUACGAGGCGCCGGAAGUUUUGGCUGGGGACCUCUACAGCUUCGGCGCGGACAUCUGGUCGCUCGGAGUGCUCCUAUACGCAACCAUCUCCGCUAAAUGGCCCUCUUUUCCCGGAAACGUGCGCAAGUUUCUGCCUGAAGUCGACUUUUCCGUCGCGCCCUGGCCUUCCGUGUCGGUUGAGGCGAAAGAUCUUAUCCGUCGGAUGCUGACCUUGGACGCGAGCCAACGGCUGGAUAUCGACGGCGUGUUGGCGCACCCGUGGCUCCGGAUCGCAUCAGCUCGUAGCGAGUCAAGAAAAGCGCCACGCGAUUUGAAAUCAUCGCGCCAACCCAGCGCUCCCAUAGUAGCGCCGUUUUUUCCACCCACGGAAGCUCCGAAACUCGAUUUCGGACCCGAGACCGCGGCGCCCCAUCCGCAUUCGCCCCAACUCGAUUCUCGCCCUGACUCGUCCAAAGCGUGCCGAAACGGCUGCUCUUCUCAGUCCGCGGCUGACGUGGACUAUUCAGAGGCGACGCGCAUCGCGGGUAAUUCCAAGGCGAGCGGCGCGGGGGUUCCGAGGCACGCCAGCUUUGACGAAUGGAGUGAGUGCGGCGCGGAAGUUGGGCUCGCGGAGGCUGGUUGCGCGGAGGCUGGUUGCGCGGACCUCUCCGAGCCCGUCCUUCGCGCGGCGGAAGCCGACCAGCACAACGCGGAAGCAGCGAGUUGCGGCGCCGCAUCCGCCGCAAUUGCGUGCUGGGCGACUUCGCCGCGUCGGCCGUGGUCGCAGCGAUCCCCGACAUCAGAAGAGACGCGCCGCGACUCGUCCCGCAGCAGCGGCGGCGGCGGCAGCGGAAGCCGUACCAACAGCAGGAACAGCAGCAGCAGCAGCAGCAGCAGCGUCAGGCCGGUGAGGUUGAAGCGGGAGGUGCCGCUCGGCAACAAAGAGCAAUCUCACACCCCUUCCGCGGCCGUCUCCCGUCUCUCUCCCAAAGCUCCGUCGCCCAGGCGGCAAUUCCGCCAGUCCGCCUCUUCUCAGUCGCUAUGCUCCGAGGGGCUGCCGCUGCAGCCUCCCAAGCUGCCGCCAUUCCACCGCGCAUCACCCUCCGCGUCGCCAUCGCCCCGCUCUUGCCCGCCGCAAGGCAUCCCUCUUCAGCCGUCCACCCCCAAGGCGUUUCCUUCUUUCCCCCAAGCGUCACCCGCAGCAGCCGCAUCGCAAUCGCCCCGCUCUUGCCCCCCGCAGGGGAUUCCUCUUCAGCCGUCCACUCCCCGGACCCCCAAAGCUUCUCCCUCUCCUCGCGGCAAGACGCGCACAAGUGCUACUGCCGCCCUCCCCAAGGUUCCCUCGGGUCAAGGGUCGGCAGCAGAGGGCAACAUGCGUCUGGCUGCCCACCCUGCUCUCGCCCUCCUCGCAUCGCCAUUCCGACCAGCCCAGCAAUGA